AUGCCACAUCAACCACCUCGUAAAGACAAAAAGGAAUUCCGUUCUCUCGUUUUACAUUUAAAAAAGUUGCAUCCAUCAUGGAAAGCAAAAGAAAUUACCAAAUUUGUCCUUCAGUCCGAAAAUCCACCUUAUUAUACAACGACGAAAUCUUUAUGGCUUAAAGUUUGGAGAAUUUUAAGGAGAAACAAAGUAAAUGAUUUACCAAGACCAGGUGCACCUCGUACAACAACAACAAAUCAAUAUAUUCGAGCAGCGAAAGAAGCUAUUCAAUUAAAAGCAAAUGCAUCCGUUAGGAAUGUCAAUGCGAAACUUCAACAACAAGGUUUUAAAACAUCAAAGAGUUCGAAAGGAGGUAAAUUAUAUAAAUGGAAUAAUAUUUUAAACACGGACUUUAGUGGUACAUUUACAUUAACUCCACAUUAUAAUCAACAUAAUGAAAGUAUUUAUGCCAAAUCAUCUGAUGAUAUUCCAUACAAUCUAAAAGUCAAAUCAAAAGAAAAAUUUCAAAAGAGUGUGAUGCUGUGGGAUGGGAUUUCGUACCAAGGAUUAUUUCCAAAGGAAUCUCCCAUUUUUCUUGAUGAAUGGUUAGAGUCGAUUCGAUCAAAAGGUGAUGAUCAUCAUAAGAAAAUGUAUUUUACUGGCGAAAGAUAUGCAAAAUUUAUUCGAACUAUUGUAGCAGAAAAAGCAGCUGAAGAAUUCAGUGAUUUACGAAAUGUUAUUUUUCAAGAUGAUCAAGAUCGUAAACAAAGGAUGCAGGUGUCUUUAGAUGCCGUUAAACAUGUUUUUACUAAUCGAAUUGGACCCAGAAAUUGUGCUACGAAAUUAUCCGACGUUUGGGGUGCCUUAAAAGAAAAAUUACGAGGACGCGAAUACAAUGAUAUUGAACAAUUAAAAAAUGAUAUUAAAAAGGAAUGGAACAAAUUUAGUGUUUUAUUAUGUCAGAAAAUGAUGGAUAACAUACCAGCACGAUUAAAAUCUGUGAUCGAUCAAGGUGGUAAUCAAUUGCGAGGACAUUAG